AUGUCUGAUCAAGGAUGGGAGGAGUUUAAAAAUGAAGUUCUCUUGAUAGCAAAACUUCAGCACCGAAAUCUGGUGAAACUUCUCGGUUGUUGCAUUCAAGGAGAGGAAAAAAUAUUGAUCUAUGAAUACAUGCCCAACAAUAGCUUGGACCGCUUCAUCUAUGUCAUGCUGAGAAAACCUUCUACUCAUGUUCUGUUUCUCUUACUUUUGCAUGGUCUUCAUGAUUGGUCCUUUCUUCCAAGCACAGCUUCCUAA